AUGUCUCAACCAGACCUGACUGGGAAAGGAGCAAUAGUCACCGGUGGUGGCUCUGGGAUAUGUCUUUCAUUCGUCAAGCAUCUGUACCAAGCCGGCUCCAAUGUAUUGAUCUGUGACAUUGCUCUCCACCAUGAAGCGACCGCAUGGUUGGAUUCAAUCAAAAGCAGUGGCACAAAUGGUUCAGCUCAUGCAAGAAUUGUCUUUUCCAAAACAGACGUUACCGAUUGGAAGCAACUUGAGAGGGCCUUCGAUGUCUACAGUCAAGAGUUUGGGGGGUUGCCUCACGUGCUUUGCCCAGGGGCAGGAGUUUACGAGCCAUCCGUCUCAAACUUCUGGAACGACAAAGACGACUCCUUCUACAAGAUCCUGCGCAUUAACCUAGAACACCCCAUCAAAAUGUCCCGUAUCGCUAUCCGAAAGUGGGUCCAAGCGAAACAACCAGGCCGAGUCGUGCUCGUAUCGAGUACCGGAGCACAGAAAUCCAGCAUCUUGACCCCUCUCUACGGCGCAGCCAAACAAGGCAUCAGCAACUUCGCCCGCUGCAUGGGACAGCUGCAGUCGAUGGAAGGCAUUCGGGUCGUCGCCGUUGCCCCCGGUCCCACCAUGUCGCCCUUGAUGUACGACCAUCCUGAGGCGAUCCGAUUCGUAGAUCCGGAGAAGGACAAGUUAUCGUCUCCGGAUGAGAUUGGCCGUGGAAUGAUGGCGGUAUGCUUCGACGACCAGAAGUUCCCAGCCGGAACAGUUCUCGAAGUUACACAUCCGGAUCGCUGGAGGGAGGUCUUCUUAUUGAAUGACCCGGGUCCAGCUGCUCAUGCGUUCACAAGUCGGAAGGAAGACGCCAUCGUGGAUAUCAUUGCGGCUCUAGACAAUGAUAGGAGGAGCGUGGCGUAA